CCGGGCCUGAGGGGGCUGCGCUGGAGGAUAGGCCGAGUCUGGGCCUGCUGUCCUCAGCCUUACAGGCGCUUUUGUAAAACUGUGACAUCUUCCUCACGCAAAUGUGCUAUUCCUCUCUGUUAAAAAUACGCGGGAUAUUUAUGCCGUAUUUUGAGAGAAAUUCGGUUGUUGCUGCCUGCAAGGAUGAAGACAGCACCUUAAAGCUUUACUUUUAGCAGCUGUGGUACCUUUUUUACAUAUGAGUACAGUGAAUAUUCCUUAAUUGCCUUUUUAAGCAUCUUGGGGUUUUUUUGCUUGGCAGCAACCUGUAAGUUUAUGGUUUGGUUUUAUAGUAUUUAUAUCGUGACUGGACAGCCUUGUCUUUUCUGCACUAUUCAAAAAUUUUUAAUGGGAUGUUUCUUUUCUUCUUUCUUCCCUUGAUUUAAAGUUGAGAGGAUAAUGUCUUUUCAAACAUAAAACUUUUCUUUCCUGGUGUGUUUCUAUUUGUGUUGUAGUUGGGUUUUGGUGGGUUUUUUUUCAGCUUAAAUAUAUUUGUAGGCGGAGGGCAUUUCUUUGAUCUGCUGAAAAAUUAAAUCAGGCUUGUAAACCAGUUAGGACAGCCUCAACAGUGAAUGUUAUUUCUGAUAAUCACUGACAUUUGAACAGUAAUACUUGAUUUUAGGUAGUUCCUUGACUCUUGGUUCUCUGUUGGUUUUUGGUGGGCCUUUGGGUUUGAUUUUUUGUUUUUUUUUUUUUUUGUAUUAGUAGUGCAGUAACUGGACAGCAUCAGUACAUCAGUAAUCCUUAGUGCCCUGUGUACUCUUUGGUGUGCUGCAACGUGGUCUUAAUGGGUUAUGGUACCUCGGCCCUAAGGAAGAAUAGUUAGCACUUGAUGAUUUUUGAAAGCAGUUUGGAAUUUUUAGCUUUUGCCAGGGUUAGUGGGGUUUAUUUUAGAAUUAACUUAGUUGUGUCUGGUUUGUUCCCACCUCCACCAGUGGUCGCACUCCUGGAGACAAGAGAUCCUGGAAUGCUGUGCAGCUGGCACUGUCAGUCUUGUCACUGCAACCACCUGGAGAGUGGAAAUUGUGCACUCGUGUGGUUUGUUACACAUGAGUAAAACUCCUCUGUGCUGUAGGACAGCUUUUUAUUUCUGUGAUCCACAAAAACAGCACUGAUCAGUCUAGUUCUGGAAAUAGUGCUAGUGCUUUCUGUAGGUGAAGUGUGAUCUUCUUGACGUCUCUAGGAAAUAAUAAAGAAACCCUAAUGUUUUGGAAUAUAUAUAUAUAUAUGCAUGCAUUGGCACGGGAAAGACCUGUUUCAUGGUUAAUAUGUGUCUGCAUUUCUGUUUUCUGCAGAAAUCAAACAGCACAGCGGCUCCUUGCCCACCUUCCCAAUUGUCCUGUGCCCCUUACAGCUCUGCAGUUCAUCCUACAUCAAGCCUAGUAGAAGUAAAACUCAGAAUGCAGUGAUAGGAGCUAAUUUUGAGAGAGAUGCUCUUUAAAAUUUGAUGAGAAAACAGAUGUGAGUAGGUUGUGUUAGGCUUCACCUUGUGCUUAGCAGUAUUUGAGAAUAUUCCCUUAAAGAAGUAAGCUUCAGUGUAAUUAGCUUCAAGCUAGCACUAGUUUCAGAACCUGGACUGGUCCUGUGUGCCCCGAGAUUUGGGCUGCUGUGGGUUUUGUAUAUUAUGAAAAAGAAGACUUUUAGGCCCAUGGUUCCAGCACUUUUAAGGCCAGUGAAUCUCCUACCUACCCUUGAAUCACAUUCUCUAGUGUACCUAGGCUAGACUUGGAAUUCUGUUUAAUGUGAUUCCGUGGACUAGCUGUAAAGAUCUUCUAGUCUUGCAGAUUGCUGUUUGGUAAACUGUGCUAAGGCAGCUACCAGUGCCCAAGGUCACUUGUGUAAAUUUUGAUUGUUUCUCUUUCCUCUUUGGUUUUUCACUGUUAUAUCUAUGCUUUCUGGGUCAAAUUUCUAGUGAAACUGAUUAAAGUUACAAAAUAUUUUUUGUGAUCUGCCAUAUUUCCAAAGGCGAACAAUAAAUCUAUUUUUGUUUCAAUCACUUAUCUUGAUAGCUGGAAGAGUGGGGUAGAAAUGCUGCUGAAAUGGUGUAUUCUGCUGCUUAUGAUUUGGGAAAUAGCAAAUACAUGUAUAUAGAUGGUGUCCCUAGAUUUCCUCUGUCCUGAUGUUGUUUGCUGCUUUUUUUUCUUCAGAGCUACGAUACUGUUGACCUCCAGUUCAGACUUUUUUCUCUCCCAUUGCUCCAUCUUACUUAGUAGCUUUUUGCCAUUAGCUUUUUUCCCUGAUGGUCUGAACUUGCUGUGCAUCGAAGGUCCUGUUCUCCACUUGAUAUGAUGAUGAACUGGUGCUAACUCCAGUUUUUCUUAAACUGUUACUGUGAGCACUUCCCUGUCCAUUCCCUAAUAUGUGUUGGGGUUUUUUUUCCUCCUGCUACUGCAGGGAUUUGCUUAUUGCAGCAGCAGGGAAGUGUCUUUUUGCUGAAGCAUUUACUAUGUUCAGUGUGAGUUUUCCAAGGACACCUUUGUCUCUUGGUGUAGCUGAAGAAGCUGAUAAUGUAGGAAUGAAAAUGUUACUGGAGUGUUUUUUAAUCUGUGGUUCACUGUUCAGCUGCUGUGUUUUCCAUGACUUUAUACAAACCUAGAAAAGGUUAAAAAUAUAUAAAAAUAUAUAUAUGUUUUUUUAGUGCUGAUUCCUUCCUCAAGCAGAGCUUGGCAGAUUUAUUACAGAUGAGAUGCGGACAAGCAGUGACUUGAAAGAUGAUUGAGACAGCCGGCCUCACUGCAGUCACUCCCAUGGUUUUAGAGUUGUGCCAGACAAGCCUAGAGACUGGCAUGGACACGAUUUUGUAGAAAUUUAGUAGAAUUAAUUUUAACUUAGAUUAUCUACUGUAGAUUUGGAAUUGGGAUUCCAGUUAUGAAAGCUUAUCUAUGGCAACUUAAAACCCUAAAAAGAUUUAGUCAUCUACAUGUAAUUUACUACGUGAACUUUGACUUCCAUACUAAAUAAAAGAGAUGGUGCUUCAAGAUUGUUUUCCUGGCUCAUACAAAAGAAGUUCUUUACCAGUAGUGGAGUGCUUGCAGUUUCUUCUCCUCUUUGUGUUUUGCUGUCCACUAAAUGUACAUUGGUGGAAACUGCUGUCACUAAAAACACCUUACCUAUUGCACCCAAAGUAUAAUGCUUUUUGAGGUUGCUGCUCCCAUCAAUCUGCUCAGUAAAAGUAGCUCAUCUUGUAAUGGAGGAGAAAGUUCGAGUCGCAGCGCAGAGAAACGGGCAGCUAAUGAAGAAGCCGAAGACUUCACCACAAAGCCUGCUCCUGCCAAAAUGUCCAAGUUUGGAUUUUCCAUAGGCAGUCAGACAACAAAGAAGGCAUCUGCAAUAUCCAUCAAACUAGGAGCAAAUAAGCCUAAAGAGCCUGUUCCAACCCUGGCUCCAAAAACCCUUUCUGUAGCAGCGGCUUUCAAUGAAGAUGAAGAUAGUGAACCAGAAGAAAUGCCUCCAGAAGCCAAGAUGCGCAUGAAGAACAUUGGAAGGGAUACACCAACCUCAGCAGGACCAAAUUCCUUCAAUAAAGGAAAGCAUGGAUUUUCUGACAACCAGAAGCUAUGGGAACGAAAUAUAAAAUCUCAUCUUGGAAAUGUCCAUGACCAAGAAAAUAACUAAAUGAUGUGGAUUACAAGUUGGGUGUUUGGGGGGAGGGGAGGGUGUAACGUUAAAGGAACAGUUUCCUUUUUUAAGAAUGGUAUGAGACUAUCUUUGGAGCCACUUUUUUAAGAUUUUGAGUGGUACACUAAUGAAUUAGUUUGAAAUUAGAGGUAAUUUAUGUUUUGUAUACAGAUUUCAAGGCAUUUGCUAAUUUUGUAGUUCAUGUGAUUAGUUUCAAAAGGUUACAGAUAAUAAAGAAAUUGGAGUGGUACCUUUUUAAGAAUUUUUUUUUUGGUCAGUGAUUAAAUAAGGUGGAUGAAAAAGGUUACUGUCUCUUUAAUCAGGUUAAAAUCGAAUGCUCGUGCAUUCUCACUUCUGGCUCCCUCUUCAUAACAGGAGAAACAGUUGACUUCUAGGAAUUUUGCUAAAGAGAGAGCAUUGUUUUGUGCUAGAAGUGUUACUGGACUAUUAAUUUGAAUAUAAUCUAUACAGGAAAUAAUAAGAACCUGGAUUUUUUUUCUCCCUGCAGUCACCUUUUGUUAAGUCUCUGCAAAGUAGGAAUUAUGUUGCUCUGAGUGGCUCUGGUAACUUAGUUCUAAUUUUGUUUUAAACUUCAUGUAGGAUGUGUAACCUUCUGUGGCCUGUUUCGUCCUAAGGAAAUGGGCCUUGUCUGUAUAUUAGAUACAGUCUGUAAAGAAUAUUCACUACAAAGGUAAAUCAGUAUUUUCAGUGUGCUCCUCUUAAAUCAUUAGCCUUGAGUAGUGCUUGUUAGCAUUUCCUAGUGGUAGACGAAAGCCACCACCAAAAAUACAAGCUAAUGUACAUUAAGCUUCACAUUUGGUUGAAAUAUUUUUCUUUACUAUGCCUAGAAGGAAUAAAAGCCACACCAAAAAUCGGUAACUCACUGCUUAAGUAUGAAAAAUCCAAGAUGCACUUUCCCUGUCUUGCCAUUUAAAACAAAAUGCCUUGAUGCUAUGACCUCAGUGGACGCUAUCAGGUCAAAGAAUACUCUGUCUGCAGUCCUAAUGCUUCUAACAAGUGUCAACUUCAGAAAUAAAACUUGACCUUUUCCUGCCUGUCUGCCUUUUGCAGUGAUUUUCAGCCAUGACAUUACUCUGGUCAGUGUAAUUUCUUGGCUUUCAUACUGCAGAACAGUGCUGUAGGAUUUCAGUAAUGACUGUCUAAAUUUUAGUCUAAUCUAGAUUGCAUAUUUUUAAAACAUUGUACUAUCAGAACUGGUUAAACAAAUUUAUCGACAACACCGCCACCUGCGUUCCCCCUCCCCCAAACAAGCAUAAGGGUUUUUUUUAAACUCAAAUACCUGAUAGUGUCAAUCUCUUAAUUAAUUUCAGCCAGGAACUGGUUGUAGAAUUCAAUAUACAAAUUGCUUUUAUCCUGCCUCUAAAACCUUCAUACUGAAGUUGAACCUGCAAGUGCAGAAAGGAAAGUGCAUCUUGAAGUGUAUUUUUUUAUUAUUAUUAUUAUUAUUUUAGGAAAGCUCUGACCACUUAGACUUUUGAGUUUGUAAGUUCUAAAAAAUAUUUUUUUGUAUUUUUGUAUUGUAUGUGUAAUCUUUUUUCUUUUGAAGUCUGAUGCAGUUGAAUACCUGUAACUGUUUUCUUUAAAAGCCUUGUUAUAAACAUAACAUAAAAAUGUAUACAUUAAUUUUUUUUCCAUAGCAGAAAUACUUGUUUUUUUAAAACAAUACACACUUUCAAAACUGACUUUCAGGACUUCCAAAACAGAUUUGGGCAUUACUGGAACUAGGCAAGGCAAACUUUUCACUUAUUUUCAUCACAUGUGGUUAUGUUUGUUGAAAUAAAUCCCUUUAAGAUAGUGGUAAUUCAUAGUGAACAGCUAUUUUCUCGUGCUCCUUAGUAGUUGCUCCAUAUUAUGUUGAUCACUUGUAUUAGGAAAAAAGCAAAACAGAAUUUUGAAUAAGAAGAUAGCUUGGAGAUCUGGUCAUUUUUUAGUUGACCUACCACCACUGUCUUCCACAUCUUGGGCUCAAGUAGACACUCAUAUUCAGAGUUUCCUUGUACUUCAAAAUCAUUUAGGAAAUUGCCUAGCAGAAGAGCAGACACACUAGGAAAUACCUUCCAUGCAAGUGAGAGAGCAAAAGUUAUUUAUCUAUCUUAUUCCUAUGGUCAGUAAAUAAUUAUAGACUGGGAGAGACUGCAGAAGCUUCUAAAGCUCCGUGAUCCUGCCUCACCUGAUGCAAGUGUUGUCUUCCUUCUCAGUGCUUCAUGGAAGAGAAUUGAUCAAGGUGGCCUCAGUCCCUGUAGGACUGAGUGCGAUGCAAGCUGGAUCUUGUAGCUACGAGGUGUCUGCUGGUGUUUAAUGUCUGACACUUGAAAGAACAAACUGACUGACCUGAAAGGCAAAUGUUACCUAGGAAUUCACUUGAAGCUGUGGGCUCUUGUUAGAAUAUUAGAAUAGUCAUGGUCUUUAUGUGCAGAAAGCCUCUUUUUUUUUUUUUUUUUAAUUUUUUCUAAGGAUGUUCAAGAAUCCUGAAACUCCUGGUAAACUAUCUGAUUUAUCUAUCUUUAAGUGCUUCCAGGAGGUCUGCUGAGACCAUUAACUGCUUAGAAUAGCAAGGUAUGUAUAGCUGUCAGUGGUUGAAAUGUCUGUCCAUCUAACUUGUGUAGUUUUAUCUCAGAAGGCUUAUGCUUGCUUAGCGGGAAUUAGCACCUGAGCAUCCUGCAGAACGUUGAAGACAUGAGGUGAUGUGAGGAGUUACCUGGUAACCUCCUCUGUGCUGCCCUGCAGCUGAGCUGUUUUGGGCCUGCUGGGUUGUAAAUGAAUCCAAACUCAUCUAAUGCUAACUAUAUUAAAAUAAAAAAAAAAAGAACCCAAAGAAAAAGAACCAAAAUAAACAAAAAAAGGCAACCCGCCCCCCCCAAAAACCCAACCCCAAAACAGUGCAGUGUACUACUACUGGCAGUGUUUCAGGCAAUCCUGGGUGUAGCCGCUUGACUAAUUUCAUUCCUUUAGAGUGCGGGAGGUGCACUGUCCAGAUUCUCAGAAUCAAGAUUUUAGAAGGAAGAAGUCCCAGCCAGCCUGUCUCUAAGGUGUUAUUUCUCAGGCUUGUGCCAUGUCAGGGAUGGCCAGUCACAGGAUACACUGACCUUUAGCAAAACCAACUCUCUGUGUCCCACCGUGAGCAUCACAGCAGCAGCCACAGCUGCUGCCAGAUGUUUUGUGCUCUGUCUGCAGAGCACCCCUUGACAGGACCAUGCUGAGCUCUGUGUGCUGUCCAUGGCUUUACCAAAGUUUGCUUUGUGAAGAGACUUGGAAGAAAAGUCAGCUUUUGAGAAAAAGGCAGCCUCUGCUUCCUGAAGAGGCAGAUGGGUUUUAAACUAUUGGAAAUCACUGGCGUAAGUACAACUCCGUCUAGAGUAAGGUGAGACACAUCUGUUUGGAGAAGCAGCAGAGUUUUAAGAAGGCUUUUUUUCUCUCUGUAGUUAGUAGCCCUAAAGGGUGUUCUGCAAUAAGGUUGGGGUUUUUUGAAUUCAUUAUAAAAUUACAAAUUGAGGAAUGCUGAGCAGUCCUGCCCUUAAGCUACAAAAAGGGAAGGUUAUGUUCUAAAACCACGAUAAUUUGUUGUCUAGUUCCUCCGGCAAGAGAUGGAAAAACACCAUAAAUAUGGGACAAUUAACAAUUUGCUUUUUACUGUAUCCUGUAAACAUUCCUUAUUUCUUCUGGUUUUAUUAAUGAAGGGAUCUCCUACUGUUCUGUAAUUUUGAAAUACUGGCAUUUUAUAUAGUGCUUACCUAGGAAAGCUGCUAAUAUCUACUAAUGUGGAGCCACUGCCUCGGGGUAGAAGCGUAGUUAUCCAUGGAAUUAAAAGCAUGAAACAUGAACCGUUACCCUUAAACUCUGGAUAUAGCAUGUUCAGUUUCUGUUUAUGAACUUCCAUUUAACAGUCUGCAGUGGGGGGAGUCCAAGCAAAAUUUAGUCACCAAAGCAAAUAUUUAGACUGCAGCACACACCUUUUUGAGGUCUGGACACUUCCAAGCCAGCUGCCUUCAGGCUGGGCAGAGGGGAGAGAGGACUGGCAGUGACUGUCAGCACUGGUAAUCAGAGUAUGAACUUCCUGGUGUGGUGUUGUACAGUGAAGGUCUUAAAAACAUCUGCUAAGCUUGUGGUGUAGUUCAUAAAUCUGGUUUUUAGGAUUGGAUUUCCUGAUGAGACAAAUGCACAAAUGGAGCAAGAGCUCCACUGAAACUUGAAGCCAUGAGCAUAUGUUGAUGUUUUCCUGGCAGCACAAGUUUGUUAAUGUAAAGGUAAUGCAAGUUCUAAUAAAAACAUCUCUCUUUUUC